AUGUCACCUCCAUUAGGGACAAUGCAGGAAGAAAGUAAGGAGAAAGGUGCCACAUGGCGUGCUAUCAGCAACCAGACCAUCUUCUCGAGAGUUAACAUCUCCUCAUGGUUUGGUUCUGAGGAAGAGCCCUACAACGUCGAGCAGUGGGCUAGCCACACAUCGAACAGGAACAGGACCUACCAGCACCUAUACGGCAACCAGAUCGACAACACCAUCAUGCUUGCCGGUGGUUCAUACGCCAACUGGGGCCUUGACCUGCUCUGGAACCAGACCACCGGAGAGGGAGUAAUUGGCGCUGAUCUCGCAGUAACUGCCGUAUCGUCGUCCGGUUUCAGUGGUAACAUUGCCACCACUGAUGUCCAGGCACAGAAGCUAGUCCCCGUCAAUUCCGAGCUCAUGUGGAACGAGAGCUAUUUCCGCAGCUACCUCACUCUCUAUCUCAACGCCAAAGAAGCGCUUGCCGAAUACUAUGGUGCACCGACUGUGCGCACUCGCAACUCUUACGAUAUCCCUCUCGCCAACUUCACUGUCAAGAUGCGUGCGAACCACCUUGAAGGAUCAAUUGCGGGCGGCAGUGUCACCUCGGGAAUCUCAAGAGCGCGGAUCAAUCGGGCGAGGUUGCUGAUGUCAACGGUACACUCACGCUCGACACCGUAA